AUGACGCCGCUCUGCUUGGCGGCUCACUUGAGCCGCGAGGCAAUCGUGGGCAUGCUUUUGAUCGCGAAUGCGAAUCCCAACCAAUCCAACGGCCUUGGCCAAACGCCUCUGAGCAUCGCAGCCACGACGGGUGAUGUAGGCAUUGUCGAGAUGCUGCUCCAAGACGGCGCGGACGUCAACGCGACCGACAAGACAGCCGCGCACCGUGUUAUCCCCAGCGUGCCGGCUACGGAUAUUGAGAUGGACGUAUCUAGCCCAAUCUAUGGUACCACGCACAAGGGCACGUACCAUGGUCGUGUCGUCGCCAUCAAAACGCCUGUCGACGAGUCCUCCGUCCAAGCAAUCCUCCACGAAAUGGAGACCAUCCAGCAGUAG